UUCAGACAUGCUGAUGAGAUAUCAUCACCUAAUUACCUUAAUAAUUACUAGGAACAACAACACUUACAAUGGCUAAUAUCAGGAUGUUUUUGGUCUUGUAUCCGUUAUUGCUAGCAGCCCUUGUGCUCAACUGCCGUGGCGAUGAAAGGAAGCUACACGUCGUGUACAUGGGGGAUCGGCCUCAAGGAGAUCUGUCGCUAGCAUCCACACAUCACUCCAUGCUUAGGAGUGUGCUUGAAAGUGGUUCAUCAGCUGAGGAGUCACUAGUCUACAGUUAUGACAGAAGUUUCAAUGGAUUUGCAGCCAAGCUUACCAAGCAAGAAGCUGCUAGCAUAUCAGAAAUGGAGGGAGUUGUUUCCAUCAUCCCUAAUCGCAUGCUAAAGCUUCACACGACACGGUCUUGGGACUUCAUGGGGUUCAGCAAAGACAAACUUGGAGCCGGCCAGGAAGGAGAUGUCAUUAUUGGGUUCAUUGACACCGGAGUCUGGCCGGAACAUCCUAGCUUUAAUGACACUGGUUUUGGUCCUCCACCAGCUAAAUGGAAGGGCCAAUGCCAAACCAAAAAUUUCACAUGCAACAACAAGCUCAUUGGCGCACGUUACUACAACAGCGACAAUGAUUACGAUGAUACAGAUAUCCAUUCUCCAAGAGACACUGAAGGGCACGGCACCCACACGGCCUCCACGGCUGCUGGUGUAGAACUCCCAGGAACGAGCUUUUUAGGCUUAGCCGAGGGUGUAGCAAGAGGAGGAGUUCCUAAUGCAAGGAUUGCAGUGUAUAAAGUCUGCUGGGAUUCUGGCUGUGGUCUUGCCGACAUUCUUAAAGCCUUCGAUGAUGCAAUUGGGGAUGGAGUUGAUGUAAUAUCGGUUUCCUUGGGAUCUUUCUGGCCUUCUGAUUAUUUUGAUGACCCUAUUGCAAUUGGAUCUUUCCAUGCCAUGAAAAAUGGGAUUUUGACCUCAAAUUCAGCUGGGAAUUCAGGGCCUGAGCCUGUCACAGUCACCAACUUUGCACCCUGGACGAUGACCGUUGCUGCUAGCACCAUUGACAGGAAAUUUGCGGCCAACUUGGCACUUGGCAAUGGGCAAAUCUUGACAGGAAUCUCCAUCAAUAGCUUUGACCUAAAUGGAACUUCCUAUCCUUUAAUGUGGGGAGGAGAUGCUGUAAACUACACCAUGGGUUCCAGUUCAGAUUAUACAAGAUAUUGUGAAGCCGAUGCAAUGAAUCUUGACAUGUUAGUCGGCAAAAUAGUACUUUGUGAAGGUCUGCAGGAUGGUUCGGCCAUUCUUCUGUCUAACGGCAUUGGAAUCAUUAUGAUGGAUCCAACUGUCGGAAUUCCUGACUAUGCCUUCAGCUAUCCGUUGCCAGCAACACUGAUUAGUCCAGAUGACUUUAGAAAGGUCAUGGAAUACAUAAGAUCGACAAAAUACCCUGAGGCAACCAUUUUGCUGGGAGAGACCUGGAAAGAUGCAAUGGCACCUACAGUUGUUUCGUUUUCUUCAAGAGGGCCAAGCCCUGUUAGCCCCGACAUUCUCAAGCCUGAUAUUGCUGCCCCUGGCGUGGAUAUUCUGGCCGGCUGGUCUCCUUUAGCGCCACCUUCAAUCUACUAUAAAGAUUCCAGGAGCCUAUACUUCAAUGUAAUUUCUGGCACAUCAAUGGCUUGCCCUCAUGCCAGCGCAACUGCUGCGUAUGUUAAAGCUGCUCACCCUGAUUGGUCUCCUGCUGCCAUCAAGUCCGCGAUCAUGACAACAGCUUACAUUAUGGAUCCAAAAAGACACAAAGACCUUGAGUUCGCUUACGGCUCUGGACACAUUAACCCUGCUGCUGCACUUGACCCUGGGCUAGUCUUUGAUGCAUCAGCGACAGAUUACAUCAAUUUCCUCUGCAAGCAGGGUUACAACACUACCACUCUGAGAUUAGUCACAGGAGACAACAGCACCUGCGCCAAUACAACUCCGGGCAGAGGUUGGGACCUUAACUACCCGUCAUUCUCACUAUACGUGGAAGACGGGCAGCAGAUCAUGGGCACAUUCACUAGAACAGUGACAAAUGUGGGUGCAGCAAACUCAACUUACACGGCCAGCAUUGACGUGCCGCCACUUAUUAGUGUGGCUAUUGAACCAUCGACCCUGACGUUUUCAGCUGUUGGAGAGACGCAGUCAUUCACAGUUAAGGUCACCGGCCCUCCGAUUUCACAGCAGCCGAUCACGUCAGGGGCGAUCACGUGGAGGGACGGAACACAUGCGGUCAGAAGUCCUCUUGUCGUCUAUAACUACAUCCCUGGUGCUCCUUAUACUCUAGACUCGGAAGAUUCUAACUCCAUGCCCGAAAAGAAACGUGUUCUCAACGGCUUGUACAAGGAUCACAGGAGUGGAAUCGUCAGACAUUCUUGAAUCUCUGAUUCAAGAUGCUUUCUUCUAUACUAAAUAAUAAUAACAAUAAUCAGGAAUACCAUGUUAUUUCCUUAGAAAACAUUCUUGGACAAGGCACAAGUCAUGUCUAAGACAUUAGAGUCUGGAUGUUGUGCAAUAAACUAAAUUGUUACAACAGAAAACUGCUGAGGAAAGCAGGUUAAGAUCCUUGAUUUCUUCUGGAAUUGCCAAAGAAUAUGAUAAAUAAAGUUUUUGUUUGAAUGGGGAGAACACCCCUCUC